GGGAGUGAGGGGCGGGCUUUCUGUGGUGCGGCCGGCUGGCAGCUAUGGCGGCCGUUCGCGGCCUGCGAGUGUCUGUGAAGGCGGAGGCCCCCGCUGGGCCGGCUCUGGGGCUUCCGUCUCCCGAGGUGGAGUCGGGUUUGGAGCGUGGCGAGCCGGAGCCCAUGGAGGUGGAAGAAGGCGAGCUGGAAAUCGUGCCGGUGCGGCGCUCCCUAAAGGAACUGCUCCCGGACACAAGCAGAAGAUACGAAAACAAAGCUGGCAGCUUCAUCACCGGAAUCGAUGUCACCUCCAAGGAAGCAAUUGAAAAGAAAGAACAGCGAGCUAAGCGCUUCCACUUUCGAGCAGAAGUAAAUCUUGCCCAGAGAAAUGUAGCCUUGGACCGAGACAUGAUGAAGAAAGCAAUCCCCAAGGUGAGACUGGAGACGAUCUACAUUUGUGGAGUGGAUGAGAUGAGCACCCAGGAUAUCUUUUCCUAUUUUAAGGAAUAUCCUCCAGCUCACAUUGAGUGGUUGGAUGAUACCUCCUGUAAUGUGGUCUGGCUGGAUGAGAUGACGGCCACACGAGCUCUCAUAAAUAUGAGUUCUCUGCCAGCCCAGGAUAAGGUGAGAAGCAGAGAUGCCAGUGAAGACAAGUCGUCUGAGAAAAACAAGAAAGACAAGCAGGAAGACAGUUCAGAUGACGACGAGACUGAAGAAGGAGAAGUUGAAGAUGAGAAUUCAAGUGAUGUAGAGUUGGAUACGUUGUCUCAGGUAGAAGAAGAGUCUUUGUUAAGAAAUGAUCUUCGUCCAGCUAACAAACUUGCUAAAGGAAAUAGACUAUUCAUGAGAUUUGCUACAAAAGAUGACAAAAAAGAACUUGGAGCAGCCAGAAGAAGUCAAUACUACAUGAAAUAUGGAAAUCCAAAUUAUGGAGGCAUGAAAGGAAUUCUUAGCAAUUCAUGGAAGCGAAGAUAUCAUUCCCGUCGCAUUCAGCGGGAUGUGAUCAAGAAGAGAGCCCUGAUUGGGGAUGACGUUGGCUUGACGUCGUAUAAACACCGACAUUCCGGAUUAGUGAAUGUUCCUGAGGAACCCAUUGAGGAAGAGGAAGAGGAGGAGGAGGAGGACCAGGACAUGGAUGCUGAUGACAGAGUCGUGGUGGAGUACCAUGAGGAGCUCCCAGCUCUCAAGCAGCCCCGUGAGCGGAGCAUGUCUAGGCGAUCCAGUGCGAGCAGCUCAGACUCAGACGAGAUGGACUAUGAUCUGGAACUGAAGAUGAUUUCCACUCCCUCCCCAAAGAAAAGCAUGAAAAUGACCAUGUAUGCAGAUGAAGUAGAAUCUCAAUUGAAAAGUAUUAGGAAUCCCAUGAGGGCAGAUAGUAUAUCCACAAGCAAUAUAAAAAACCGAAUUGGUAACAAAUUGCCUCCUGAGAAAUUUGCAGAUGUCCGCCACCUCUUAGAUGAAAAGCGUCAGCAUUCCUGUCCACGGCCAGCAGUCAGCAGUACUAAACCAGAUAUUCGCCAGCGGUUAGGAAAAAGACCAUAUUCUCCAGAGAAGGCUUUUAGUAGUAACCAGGUGGUUCGGAGAGAGCCCUCUUCUGACGUACAUAGUAGGCUAGGUGUUCCCAGGCAAGAUGUUAAAGGCCUCUACUCGGAUACUCGGGAGAGGAAAUCGGGUGGUUUGUGGACUCGCUUAGGAUCUACACCCAAGACCAAAGAGAAGAACACGAAGAAAAUGGAUCAUAGGGCAUCUGGUGCUGAGGAAGAUGACUCGGAGCUUCAGAGAGCAUGGGGUGCUCUGAUUAAGGAGAAGGAACAGUCCCGCCAGAAGAAGAGUCGGCUAGACAGCUUGCCGUCGCUCCAGAUUGAAGUCAGCCGGGAAAGUAGCUCUGGUUCAGAGGCAGAGUCCUGAUGCCCUGGCCUUGGCCACUGCCCUUAAAUCUGACGUUCUUACAUAGGAUGGGGCGUGCAGUAGGAACCUCCCUUGCAGGAGUCGGCACCCUUUCCUCCUACCGGCACCCUGAACACUUGCUGUUCUAGUAGGGCAGCUCAAGAGUGUGAUGAGUUUUGAAGGGUGUCUCUGUCUUGUGCUGCAGAGUUACAGUUCUGGGCCCUCAAGUCUUCCCCACCACCCCACAAGCUUUACCCUUGGAGUUAAAGGCAACCCUCCAGAUUUUGUAGACGUUUUCUUAAUAUUUUUAACAUUGUGUCUUUUAAAAGAAAUGUUUUACACAGUCAUCCAAAGAGCAGAGAACUGAACUUCUCACUGUUGCCUUGGCCCUGACAGCUCUUGCCAGCACCCUUUCCCAAGAAAAGUCAGUUCUCAGGUGCUUACUGGACAGUCUUUAAGGGAGAAGAAGAGGGAAGCUGCCAGCUCAGCCUUCCAGGACCUUAGUGUGGUGUCACAGGCCUGACCUGAGUCUCUCCCGGGUGGCUAGGCACGCAGCAGCAAUCUGCAACAGCCAACGGCUUCCAUUCCUCCCAGAGGUCUUUUAGAGCCGUUACUAGCUGGUAGCCUGGUGUGACGAUCAAGCUCAGUGCUGUAGGACUUCCAGGGACAAACAACUGUGACUUCUGGAUUUGGAGUUGAUUUCUGUGCUUAGGGGUGGGGUCUUGGGUUGAUGUUGAACAAUUUUUAAGUCUGUAUUAUGUUUAAAAACUAUUAAUGACUUAAAAGUUUAAAUUUUUAAUUUUUAUAUGUGGAUAUUCCUCCUGUUGGCUAAGGGGAAGCUCAAGUGGUGUCUUUUGUGUUGUUAAAUAUACAUUAUAUACUUUGGAAGAAGGCAAAGAAAGGAGUCUCAUUAUUUUAAAUGAUACCAAUUUAUGUUGUGCUUGAGUUCAACUUGCUUUGUGGCCACUGUAGGAAAGAAACUGCUGUCCAUCUGUGAUGGGCCUCGUGUUCAUUACCACUUUUCUAGAAAUGAUACCCUGAGAAUUCAUCCUGUCCGUACCUGAUUUGUCAUUGAAGACUUAUUUAAAACUAGCAAAUAAGAUAAUAGUUUCAGAAAAUUUAAGUUUAUUUUUAAUCUCCUUUCAUGUUAUUUUACCAUGGAAAGGCAGUAGAUUAUUUGGCUUCUCAUCUGACUUUUACUUUGUAUUUAUUACUAUAUACUACAGGCUUAAAAGUGGUGUUUCACUUGAGUGCAUCAGAAUGCCUUUGGGUUGUCAAGCUCUUCACCUGCCUGGAUUGUCUGUGCCAGUAGAUCACAGCUCACUUGUCUGUGGUUGAGCACAUGUCCCUGGUAGCUGCCUACACUGUGAAUGAACAGUGUUGUAAGUGAAGAAGUAGAAGACUUCAGAACAAAGUUGGAACAAAACUGUAUCAUAUGUAUUAUGUGGUUAACAACCCCACCCCCAGAAGGAUGGGAGCACAUAACCGAAGUGGUUUGGCUUCUGAGGAUUCUAGAAAGAGGUAGUUCUAAUUUCUCUACCAGUUCAGACAAGUUUUCUAAGUUUCCCUUGCCCUAUGUAGCUCACAGUCAGGUUCCUAGGGAUUCAAGCUUUGGUAGAGUGAGAAGAAAAGGGGCCUGAGAACAGCGACCUGGGUGCCCACCAGGAUGCUAUGCAGUGGGCCUGAGCCUUGGUUUUCCUGUGAAGCAAGUCAAUGGUCUGGUGCAGAGAUUCUGCUUUGUUGGUAUCUCUCAGUGGUAUUAUUUUCUUGAAGUUAUGGCUGCAGAAUGUUUUCUGUUGAGGUGGCCAAAGUGUCAGGAAGACAAGGUGGCCAUGAGAUUGUGGACACGGACUUAACCCUUCCUUUUACAAGCUUUAGUUCUCCCAGAGGGUUGAAGAUGUGCCUGUAGUUCCCACCUGAGAUGGGUUAUGGUUUCCUCAGGGUUUAGACCCCACCCCACCCCACCCCCAGCUUUCUUUUUGUUUCUGUUAUGACACGUUCCGUCUAGCAGUCCAGGCCCAUUUACCUAGGAUCUUUGAGCACUUGUCAGUCUCCUGCUAGAGAUGAGGGGCAGACUUUGUGGAAGAUAGGCAGUGUGUAUUCAAAAUAGCUCCUUGAGCUGACCAGGAAAGAUGCCCAUUGCAGCAGCCUUGCAGUUCUGACAGCACAGACAACCCAGAAACUAACAUACUGACUAAAGUGAUCAUCUUCCCAGCAUCCCUCCCCCCCCUGCAG